AUGAAGAAGGAGGAUCAAAUCCACACCGCAUUCGCAAUAGAGCGUGGCCUGUACUGCUACAAGGUCAUGCCUUUUGGCCUAAAAAAUGCAAGAGCGACAUAUCAGAGGUUAAUGAACAAGCUCUUCACUGCGCAGCUAGCAAAAGACAUGGAAAUCUAUAUUGACAACAUGGUAGUAAAGUCCAAGAAAAGUAUCACGCACAUGGAAGAUCUGACGGAGUGCUUCGACAUACUUGAUAGAUAUCAAAUGAAGUUGAAUCCAGCAAAGGAGGAAGAGAGAAAGCAGAUGUCAGUAUUCUACUGUAGCAGAAUGCUGCUAGACACAAAAACACGUUACAACAUAAUGGAAAAGCUGGUAUUAGCACUGGUUACAGCUAAAAACAAGCUGAGACAGUACUUCAAAGGACAUACGAUCGUGGCAUACACAAAUUACCCAUUGAAGCAGGAAGCUGGAAUUGGAAUCAUCCUCGAGGAACCCUCUAGAUUAAAAAUCAAGGAAGCCAUACGAUUAGAGCAGCAUGCUACAAAAAAUGAAGCUGAAUACGAGGCUCUAAUUUAUGGAUUGGAAUUGGCACGAAGCAUGGGAAUCAAGCGAGUACGGUUUGAGCUCAUCCAGAUUCCACGAGAAUUAAAUCAGAAGGUGGAUGCUCUUGCAAAGAAAGCCUCUACGGGAGAAUAUUCGCGACACUCAUCAAUUUCCACGACUCUUGCACGUGAAGAUCCACACGUUUUCUCCGUUACAGCAGAACUCAAAUGUUGGGUGGACCCGAUUAACUGGUACCUAACCACAUCCAAACUGCCUACUAGUACAAAAGAAGCCAAGCUUCUCCGCCUUGGAACUCAACACUACUCCAUGAUCAAUGACACAUUAUAUCGUAAAUCUUUUAAUGGGCCAUACUUGAGGUGUUUACGCCCAAUAGAAGCAAAAAAAAAUAUUGGAAGAAAUCCAUGA